UCAUUUUUUUUUUAAUUUGUUUUCUAGAAUACCAACAGAAUAGUGCCAGCAAUCUCUCUCCCUUGUUAACGAGCUUUGGUGUGGAGAUGGCCCAGUUGGUAAAAUUCUUUGUGUGGAGAUGGCCCAGUUGGUAAAAUUCUUUGUGUGAACAUGAGGACCUAAGUCCCGAUUUCCAGUGCAUACACAUGGAAAAGCCUGGCAUUGCAGCUUGUGUACAAAGUUCGCCAAGAAGAAUCAUGACACCUCGAGGGAGAUCAGUCAAGAAACUGCCAGACCCUUCCUGGCACCGAAUCUCCCAAAAGGACCUAGAGGCUGUACAAAGCAACCAGCAUCAUCGUCUGCCAUUCCUGUCUUGCCCCUCCUCCCUCCAGUAGAGAGGCCAAGAAUCUGCACAAGGCAUCCUGGCUCCCCCGGUGGCAUAGUGGCUUCUGAAACAGCAUUCCUUCUACUGUUCCCAUAUGAAAAGUGGUUCAAAUGAAGAUUCUGGCUUUGGGAACUUGAACUUGGGCUUGGGUAUGCAUGGAAUUUCUGUUGGACAUGUGUCCCUGCCAUCUGGUGCCAUCCGCCUGCAGAGUGUGAGAAUCCAGCAGAGCAACUCUGACUGGUACAUUCCUAUACAAGGUCGCAGAUUUAGGAAGAGGACACGAGAUGACAACGAGGAAGACAAACAGCAUGCUCCUCAUUCGAAGAGGAAUAAGCAGGAACAGGCCUUCCAGGACCCUCACGCCGUAGAGUCGUCAAGCAGUGGUAAUGCAAGGAGCCACAUCGGCAUCAAUAACACCAGUGGAGAAAGUAUGCCAGAGAACAGCUUAAACCCGAACAUGGCUGAACUUAACUCCAAUAUGCCCGAGUUCUCCCAGGAGGACUAUGCAGUGUGCCAAGAUCAAGGUCCUUACUCCCAUAUUAACCAGAUCUUGAAGGAGGCCCAUUUCUACAGCCUACAGCAGAGAGGACAAUCUCCGAUAUGAUGACCUAGGCGCUCCUCAUUCCUUGUUUAUAAAAAGCAAUGGCAUUCACAUAAAGCAGUCUUGGCUUUUGUCUGUAUUUUCAGUAAGAGGUCAAUGGGCAUUUGUACUCUUUUGCUGUUUUGCUCCACCACUUUGAAUUCCAUGGGUCUUUCAUGAUGCUUUGAUGUGUUUUCUGUCAAGUCUGGUGUCCAAUUCAUGUUAAGUAGCAACAGGAGGACUUCUCCCUAUAUUGAACAGCUUGUUUGUCCAAUUCGGCUUGGGUUCCAAGUCCCUCUUUCAGGGUCUCCAUGUAAAAUGUGGUUUUAAAAUGUGACUCCUUUUUCUGAAAGGCUAAGUGGCCUGGGAAAGUGUGUGAUUUUCAUUAAAACAUGAAACAUCAAACAAUAUCAGCAAACAAGUCAACACCAAACUGGUAAUGAGUUUCGGGGAGGAGAUUCUGAAAUGAAUGGCAUGGCUGCUCCUCACAAGGGAGAUGCUGCACAAAAAUUGCUGUCUACAUAAUACUGGGGACAAUGUGAGCCCAUGCAGUUGUUAAAGUGAAACCUGUGUCUAGUAACUACACCCUUUGCCUUCUUCCUGUAAUGUCCCUGUGUGUGCCCUUCAGUCCUGUGGAAUGCACUGGUAAUUCUGUCAGUGAAGUGCAAAGCAAUGCUGUGACUUAAGUACAAAGUCUAGAUAUGAACAGCUUAUGUGUUGUUCCUUACAGUCCCAUUAGUUAUGUCUAAUGUUGAUAAAGUCUAAGCUUCUGGACACCAUAUUUCACUUGAUGGGUAUUGUAAAGCUGGGUGUGAUGAUUGUCUGUUGUAUAACAAGCCUUUCAUGGGGAGGAGGGCAUCUUAUAUCAUCAAACUAUACAGUUGUUUGGGGGUGGGGUUGUCCGGUGAAACAGAGCCUGCUUAGCCUGUGGCACACACCAGUAAUGGUAAAACUGUCAACAUAAUUAAUGUGUCUUGUGAUGAGUAAAGUGGGACCCCUUUAGAUGUAACAGGUAAUGCCAUUUAGUGAUGGUUCUGUUUCUGUUGUUAGUCAUAUGGGGUAUCCAAUCUCACUUCAUUAAUGCCUGUGCUUUCUCAGUGAUCAGAGUGGUGACCAAGGAACCAGAAAUCACCGUACCAUCUGCCCUGGAGCUGUGAGGGCUACAACUUUUUUAACCUUUAACAGGAAGAGCAUUGACCUGUUUGAUAACAAGCUCUCUAUAUAAAUGCCAUGCAAAGGACAUUUUGUAAUGGCUACUGUUCCCAGAGUUGGAGAAGCAGGUCUUCAGGAGAAGAUGUCAGUCUUCUUGCUAGGUGAAAGUGAACAGAUACUUGGUUAACAUUUUCUCUGGAAGUGUAAAGCAAAGAACCAUAUAAUAAAGAGAAGAAGGUA